UAGACCUUAAACCCUUUAUCUCUCUCUCUCUCUCUCUGCUAAUCAUUCUCGAGCUAUGGCGCUUCUUUAUCGCCUCCGCAAUGCUUUCCCUUCGAAUUCGAGUUACAUCAACCAUCGUCUUCACUACCGUUGUCUAUCGACAAUCCUUUCCCCUGAUUCCACUAAUCCUUUGUCAGCUAAACAGAAAUCGAGGGCCGCAUUGUCCCUACUGAAAGUUGAGGAAAAUCCUGAGCGUAUAAUCGAUAUUUGCCGAGCUGCUACUCUCACUCCAGAAUCACAUCUCGAUCGCAUCGCUUUCUCUGUUGCUAUUUCUAAGCUUUCAGAGUCCAAGCAUUUCGAUGGGAUUCGCCUGUUCCUCGAGGAAUUGAAGUCUCGUCCCGACUUGAAAAACGAGCGUUUUGCUUGCCACGCUAUUAUUCUCUAUGGCCAGGCCAAUAUGCUCGAUCAUGCUAUUCGCACUUUCAAGCAAAUUGAUGAACUGGGUGUGCGUCCUUCGGUUAAAUCGCUUAAUGCAUUGCUAUUUGCUUGUAAUGUAGCUAAGGACUACAAGGAACUGAAGCGGGUUUUUAUGGAGUUUCCUAAGAUUUAUGGUAUCGAACCAGAUCUCGAUACUUAUAACAGAGUAAUCAAGGCGUUUUCAAAGUCGGGUUCCGCGAGUGCAGUGUAUUCGAUUGUGGCGGAAAUGGACAGGAAGGGUGUCAAACCAAAUGCGACUACUUUUGCGAACUGGCUUGCUGGAUGCUAUAAGGAAGAGAAGUACGAGGAUGUUGAGAAAGUCAUAAAUUUGAUGGGAAAAUAUGGUGUGCGGCGUGGAGUUAGUACAUAUAAUGCAAGAAUACUGAGUCUUUGUAAAUUGAAGAAAUCAUCAGAGGCGAAGGCUUUAUUUGAUGGGAUGUUGUCGAGAGGUAUGAAACCAAACUCUGUUACAUACUGUAAGUUGAUUCAUGGAUUCUGUAGGGAAGGAAAUCUGGAUGAAGCUAAGAAUCUUUUUAAGAGAAUGAUCAACAGCGGUUGCCAACCUGACAGUGAUUGCUAUUUCACUUUGGUUUAUUUCCAUUGUCGAGGAGGAGAUUAUGAUACUGCUUUCAAGAUCUGUGGCGAAAGCAUGGAGAAGGGGUGGGUUCCAAAUAUCACUACGAUGAAGUCUCUUGUUUAUGGAUUAGUUAGCAUUUCAAAGGUCGACGAGGCAAAGCAACUUAUUGGGCAAAUCAAGGAGAGGUUCUCAAAGAAUGUUGAAAAGUGGAAUGAAAUUGAAGCUGGAUUACCUCAGUGAGGAAAUUCUGGGAUACUUUGCAGCCAUCAAUACCAAGCGAGUGUUCAGGGAAAUACUAGAGGACGCGGCAUUUUUCUUGGCUUCAGCUCAUCACCCUCUGCUUAUGUUUUGCAGGUCCAAUAAAUUGUUGGCUAGCAGUCAGGUCCACUUCUGAGAGGCUAUGCCGAACAUUUUAUUAUUGAAAUAUGGUGGUGGCUCUUCCUGUUAGUGAAGUACAGGUGAUGCUGGUGCUAACUGCUACCUGCACCACCAACCUAAAACUAAUAAAUGGCUACACAAAUUCUGUAAGACAAUUGGAUGGAGAAGGCAUAGAAACUCAAAUGAAAUCAAGAAAUCUUGAACUUGUGGUGGAUUGGGGUGACAGGAAAGAGUAGUGAAGGCCACAAUAUUGAAGAACUAAUAUUUUCCAGAGGAACUGUUUCUUGCCCUUCUCUCUCUCUCAUGGACCUGCAAGAAGAAACUUGUUAAGGGAUGCAGACCCUCCAUACAAUUGCAGGAACAAACAACAAAGUACCCCUGAGAAGAAUUGAAAAUUUUCUCCAAAACUAAAUUACCUUGACGGUUGAAACAGCUGAUUGGUUCCUUCUUUCUCUGGCUUGUCGGAAUUGGAUCCGUUAUAGGAGAUGCAACAUCGAACAACUCGCAUUUAAGAAGAUGCUUGGUAGCUGAAGAUUAUGGAACAUCAUCUACAUGUGUAAGCUGUGGAAAUUAUUCUGAAGGAUCGUGUAAUUGAACCCGGAAAUCUUAUUCAUCUGAUUGCUUUCAGAAACAUCAAAAGCUGAUGAGCAUAUUUUCGGGACAAAUCGACUUCUGCUUCGCUUCUUCUUCCUUCGCCACGACAUUACGGAGUGCCAGAAAGUGGGUGGCGAACUGCUACAGCCAGAAGUAGGCAUGUCAGGUGCUUGAGGCCUUUGUGAGCAGCUGCUGCUGCAUCUUUCAAGCUCAAUCUUGGCAAAAUAAUCAAUUUCCUUCUUGAUGAGUGAACCAAUGGUUCCUCGAGUUCCAAUGGCAACAGAAGCAGUCGCAGCCAUUUUUUCAUGGGAUUUGCAAAAUGUGGUUGGUGCUGGGUUUAUUGUGUUGCAUCCUUUUGAUGUAAAUUAAAGAAAUGCAAAGAGGCUUUUGGGAUGAAGAAUGUGAUGUCCUGGGGUCCUUUUCGUGAAGGGGUUGGGAUUCCUUGCUGGCUUUGAGUCUAAGCCACCUCCUUUUUGAUCUUUUUAUAAAGCCAUCUACCCAAGUAAAGUGCUUUGGAAGAGAGAUAACAGCACAGCUCGAGAUUUUGACAUAAUAUUCAUUCUGAGUUCCCUGCCACCGGUGAUAUUAUGAUACCUUUUCUGCUCUUUUUAUUUUAUUUUGGAUGAACAGUCCCCUGCACAAAUGAUUUCUGAUAAUGAUUUGUUGCGUGUGCCUUUUAUUUAACAUUGAAAACUAAGAUCAAUGCUUUAGAAUAAAAGUGGAUUGUUGAUUGAGCUGUGAA